AUGGCUGAAUUACAGUUGAUCAAAGUAACUAAAACUCAUGAUGAUAGCGGUUCUUGUGUGGAAAUCAUGGAAAACUAUAUGAAUUGGGGGCCCAUUUCGGAUUUGUGUGUAGUAGAUCCUAAAAAGAAAGGCCAACAUCAGGUUGUGACUUGCUCUGGAGCAUACAAAGCUGGUUCUCUUGGUGUUUUUUGUUACAGAGUAGGUUUCAAUGAACUGGCAUUCGGUGAACUUGAAGGUAUCAAAAGAAUGUGGUCACUAGGAUGCGCAAAUGAUCUUUUUGACAGUCUCUUGGUUAUAAGUUUUAUAAGCAAAACAAGAGUAUUUGUAAUUCUUGAGAAUGACUUAAAUGAAACUGAGAUUCAGGGAUUAUGGUGCCAACAUUAUUUUGCCAUGACGCAGUUCACGAUCAACUUAUACAGGUAGGUUAGGUUCGUCUGACCUUUUCCUACUAUAGUUGUUUUUGUUUGAUUUAACAUUUAAAUCCUUGUCUAAAUUUUAAAAAUAUGGAAUCUUUGCAAUCUCAUUUGGAAUUUAUCUAUGACUAUGAUAUGAAUAAUAUUUGUAAGUUGAUAACAUAAGCUAACACUCUUCUGUUGUACUAUUCUAUAUUUUUUAGUAUAUUUUAUUUUGCUGAAUUGUAGCUAUCAGUUAUCAUUAGCUAAUAAGC